CUAUGAUUGUACGGUACCUAACCAGGAGAUUUAUUGGAGACUACGAACCCAACACAGGGAAUCUAUAUUCAAGGCUCGUUCAUGUAGAAGGCGAUCAAAUCUUCUUGCAAAUCCAAGACACCCCAGGAUGUAUUGAGGUUCAAGAAGACCUAGCGCAGAUGUUGGAUUCGCUUUCCAGAUGUCUAAAGUGGGCAGAUGGUUUUCUCUUGGUCUAUUCGAUUACAGACUACCAUAGCUACCAAGCCAUUAGUUCCCUCUAUCAGCACAUCCGGAAGAUCCGUCCAGACUCUAAAAUUCCCGUCAUCAUUGUAGGCAACAAAGGAGACCUGGCUCAUUCCCGACAGGUGGCGGCAAAUGACGGCCUGCAGUUGGCCAAUGAACUGGGCAGUGUGUUCUUGGAAAUCUCUACCAGUGAUAACUACCAAGGCGUGUGUGAUGUAUUUCAGCAUCUUUGUAAAGAAGUGAGCAAAUUGCACAGCUGUGGCAGCGGAGACAAAAGGCGAUCGUCCAUCAUUCCCCGGCCCAAAUCGCCAAACAUGCAAGAUCUCAAGAGACGUUUCAAGCAGGCCUUGUCUUACAAAGUCAAGUAA